AUGAAAAACAAAUUCAAUCAAAGUCAACAAAAUCGUACAGGUCAACAUAAGAAAAAGAAAAAUCGUCAAUUACGUAUGAAAAAGAAAAAAGUCUCGAACAAAAAUGAAUUUCAAUUAGCAACAAUGGUUACAAGUACAUGCUUCCAAAAUUUAUUGACAUCACCAGAGUUACCAAAGAAAACAAUAUCCAAUCCUUUGGACGUAGCAACAAGUUCUGAUCCAACAUUAUUAUUACCAGAUUAUUCAAAAUUAUCCGAUAGCAAAUUUAUACAGAUGUUAUUAGCAUCAACAUCAAAUAUGAUUAAUCAAGAUGCACUUAUGGAAUUAUUAAAUCAGAAAGAAAUAUUAUUAUUUAUUCGUGAACUUACACAGUUAGUCAAUAAAUUUAAUUAUUCUCAAUUACAAUUUGAACAAUGGUCUUAUUACAAUAAUCUUGGCAUAACCGAAAAUAUUUGGAAUGGUCGAGUAUCAAAAAAAAUGGCCGAAACUAAUUCAAUGUGUUACACAUAUGGUCGAUCGAAAAAUUUAAUCAAACAACGUCUUACAAAAUAUAAGCAACAAUGUGAUAAGAAUCAAGAGGCUAUUAAUGAACAUCUAAAGCAAGCAUCAUUCAGUAUUGAUAUACAAACUAUGACAACUAUGAUAAAUAAUUUAAUCAAUAAAGAUCAAUAUGAAUUACGACUGGAACUUGAGAGAAGAAAAACAAUGCUUCGACUAGAUGCUGAAGAACAUCAACUUGUUGAAAAAUUUUAUCAACUAAAGCCAAGACAAACAGAGAUAACUUCAGCAAAAAUUAUAUGGAAAGCUAAUAAUGAACAACAAAACAUCAAACAUGAAAUUGAUAUAUUUAAAAAAUGCCUUGAAGUUCAUGCACAAGAAUCAUCAUAUACUCUUCAGGGCAUAGAAUUACCAACUAUCUAUCAUAUAUUCAUAUCACUUAGUUUUCAAGAACAAAUAUCAACAGUCAAAGAUAUUGCUGAAAAAACAAUUGUUAAAGCUGAAGAAAUCGUACAACAUUACAACAAAAUAGUAAUCUUAGAAAAACAAAAAUUACAAUCAACUAAAUCUCAUCAUAAAAAUCCUGAUUUACUUGAACAAAUCAUCCAUUCUAUCGUUCAACGUGAAAAUAAUUUGCAACAACGUCGUGAAUAUGAACUUCAAGGAAAAAUUACCAAUAUAUUCAAUUAUACACGAAAUACACAAAUGGACAUCCAACCCAAUAUACCACCUGACUUAACUGUAUAA